AUGAGGGAGAGCCUCGACGCCCUGCACACCCUGGGUUCCCCCGUGGCCAAGCCGGAGCCGGUCCCGCUGGCGGAGCGGGUGGAGGAGACGGAGGUGCCGGGCUGCGACGGCUCAGGGCGGCCGGUGGUCCCCAAGGUGGAGGAGGUCCCCGAGGGCGAUGGAGAGGAGCCGGGGGCUGCGGGGGAGCCGGGGGGUCCGGAGCACGGCUGCUCAGAGGACUGGCUGGUGAGGAAGGUGAAGGUGGAGGAGGAGUACGAGGAGUGGCCGGCCAGCCCCGGCGCCGAGGCCCUGCUGGCGGGGCAGCCCCCGGCCGGCGUCUUCCCCCAUGCCGCCGGCGUGCCGGACUGCGCGGGCGCCUGCAAGCUGGAGGAACCGUGCCCCGAGGAGCUGGGCUACGGCGGGCUGCCCGCCUUCGCCCUGCCGCCCUGGCCGCUGCUGGGCCAGAGCCCGGCCGGUGCCGUCGCCAACGCCGGCGGCUGCGAGCACUGCUUCCAGGCGCGGCUCAGCCUGCAGCUGCCGGCGGGCGAGGGCGAGCCCCAGCCCUGCGGGGGCUGCGGCACCCCGGCCCCCCCGCGCCCCUUCGCCUGCGCCCAGUGCGGGAAGGGCUUCGGGAAGAAGGCGCACCUGACCCGGCACCUGCGGGUGCACACGGGCGAGCGGCCCUUCCCCUGCGGCCAGUGCGGCCGCCGCUUCCGCCAGAAGAUCCACCUGCGCUCCCACCAGAAGACGCACACGGGCGAGCGGCCCUUCCCCUGCCCCGAGUGCGGCCGCCGCUUCCGCAAGAAAACCCACCUGGUCCGGCACCAGCGCACCCACACCGGCGAGCGCCCCUUCCCCUGCGCCCGCUGCGGCCGCCGCUUCGCCCACAAGCAGCACCUGCUCCGGCACCAGCAGCUGCACGCCGAGCCGUGCGGGAAGAGCUUCAGCUGGAAGAAGAACCUGGCGUCCCACUGCCGGCUGCACCGGGAGGGCUGGCCCUUCGCCUGCGCCGAGUGCGGCCGCGGCUUCAGCGACAAGCGGCACCUGACGGCGCAUCUGCGGGGGCACAUGGGGCUGAAGCCCUACGCCUGCCCCCACUGCGAGAAGACCUUCAGCCACAAGCCCAACCUGACCACGCACCAGCGCACCCACACCGGCGAGCGCCCCUUCGCCUGCCCCCACUGCGCCCGCGGCUUCGCCCACAACCAGCACCUGCUGCGGCACCUGCGGGUGCACACCGGCGAGCGCCCCUUCGCCUGCCCCCAGUGCGGCCGCUGCUUCAGCUCCCGGCCCAACCUCAUCGCCCACGCCAAGGCGCACGCCGGCGCCCGGCCCUUCGCCUGCGAGCAGUGCGGCCGGGGCUUCAGCCGCAAGUCCCACCUGGCCCGGCACCAGGCGGUGCACACCGGCACCCGGCCCCACGCCUGCGCCCAGUGCGGCAAGCGCUUCAGCUCCAAGACCAACCUGGCGCGGCACCAGGCGGUGCACACCGGCCACCGGCCCUACAUCUGCACCCAGUGCGGCAAGAGCUUCAGCCGCAAAACCCAUCUGCUGCGCCACGAGCGCACCCACGCCGCCGCCGCCGGCGCCCCAUAG